AUGAACUUUGCCAUUAAAUUCAAGGAUCUUUUGAACCUCGCAAUAGGUGACCCAGAGAGAGGGGUGGUGAAUUCCAGUGUCCUGUACAUCUUGUUGCAGAGCAUCAUAGAACACCUCAAGCUGGAAGAGCAGAUGAAGGUUCUUCCAGGGAGUGAGGAGGACUACCUUUCAUCUACUUUCACCUUGGAAAAGCUGACGAAGGCUCUUCCGGGAAGUGGGGGGGAUUCCCUUCCAUCUAGCCCCAUCCAGCUUAAGUCUGAGAAGAAGUCAGAGGAGAGAGAAGAGAAUAAAGUAUACCAUAUACAAUUUGAUAGCAUCAAAAUCUUUGACCAACGAUUAUCUGCAAUGGAAAAACAGAUGGCCUUUCUGGAUGCAUUGCCCUCCACUGAGCAGCUGCUGGAAAGCAGUCAUUUUUUGAAAACACCAGCCAAAGAUAUGUGGCAGAUGUUGAAGCUCAAAAAAAAGGUAGAGGGGAAUGAAGAAGGAAUGACAAAGGCUAUGGACACACUACAGGAUCUGCUCACCAUUAUUUGUGGUCUUCAGGCAGAUACUGAUUUCUUCAAGACCAAACUGGAAGAAAUGAAGGAAAAGAUGGACAAGAUCAUUCCAGAAGAAAUAAGUAAAAACUUACAAGAAAUGGAAAAUCAACAUGAACAGAUCAAAAAUCUUCAGUUUGACAUGGAAGACGUCAAGAAUAAGCUUCUCUCCUUUCCUGAAAGAAGUGAUAUCAUGCAGUGGACUACCUUACAUGAUGCCAUGUAUUCUCAAGCUGACACCAAUGAGACUUCUGAGAAGGCUGGGGCUGGGACCCCUGAAGUCGCCUCUGAAGUUAUCCCUAAAGAGGCUACUUCUAAAAUUGCCCCUGAAGUUAUCUCUAAAGUUGACCCUAAAGUUACUUCUAUACUUGCCCAUGGAGUUACCUCUGAAGUUACAUCUGAAGAAGCUCCUAAAACUUCAGAGACUAGUGCCCUACCUGUGAAGACUGCCAAACUAAGACCAGAUACUAAAUCACAAACAUUAAGUGCCCCACUGAAUGCUCUUGGUAAGGCCCUUAAUGCUGUGGGCAUCACUGUUAGUAGAGAAACUCUAAAUUCCUUGAGCAUUGCCAUUGAUCCAAACAUCCUCUCUGCCUUGGGCAUCAGCACUGAUCCAAAUACCCUUGCUGCUAUGGGCAUCAAACCUGUCCCAGGUGCUGGCUUUAGUACUGACCAAUCAUCCAUUGGUGCAUUAUUCGCCAGCCCCCCUGGUUCAUCACUGACUGGCCCUGCUGGUCCAUCAUUCCCCAGACCCACUGGCCCAUCACUUGCCAGAUCCAUUGGCCCAUCAUUCCCUGGAUCCACUGGCCUGUCAUUCCCUAGACCCACUGGUCAAUCCUUACAACCAUUCCCUGGACCCACUGACCCAUCAUCUACUGGAUCCACUGGCCCAUCAUUCCCUGGAUCCACUGGCCCAUCAUCUACUAGAUCCACUGGCCCAUCAUUCACUGGACUCAUUGGCUCAUCAUUCCCUGGACCCAUUGGCCCAUCAUUCACUGGAGCCACUGACUCAUCAUUCCCUGAAUUCACUGACGCAUUAUCCACUGGCCCUACUGGCCCAUCAUUCCCUGGAUUCACCGUGCCAUCAUCCACUGGACCCCAUGGCCCACCACUCCCUGGCCCCACUGGCCCAUCAUUCCCUGGACCCACUGGACCAUCAUUUCCUGGACCCCAUGGCCCACCAUUCCCUGGACCCCAUGGCCCACCACUUCAUGGCCCCUCUGGCCCAUUAUUCCCUGGCCCCACUGGCCAAUCCUUCCCUGGACCCCCUGGCCCAUCAUUCCCUGCACUCACUGGCCAAUCAUUCCCCAGUACCACUGGUCCAUCAUCUACUGGACCCAUUGGCCCAUUAUUCUCUGGACCCACUGGCUCAUUCUCUGAAACCACUGGCCCUACCGAACCUGCUGGCCCAUCAUUCCCUGGACCCACUAGCCAAUCAUUCCCUGGACCUACUGGCCAAUCCUUCCCUAGACCUAUUGGCCCAUCAUUCCCUGGCCCCACUGGCCAAUCCUUCCCUGGACCUCCUGGCCCAUCAUUCCCUGGACUCACUGGCCAAUCAUUCCCCAGUACCACUGGUCCAUCAUCUACUGGAUCCAUUGGCCCAUUAUUCUCUGGACCCACUGGCUCAUUCUCUAAAACCACUGGCCCUACCAAAGCUGCUGGCUCAUCAUUCCCUGGACCCAUUGGUCCAACAUUCCCUAGACCUACUGGCCAAUCAUUCACUGGACCCACUGGCCCAUUAUUCUCUGGAUCUACUGGUCCAUCAUCCACUGAACCUACUGGCCCAUCAUUUCCUGGCCCUACCGGCUCAUCAUUCCCUGGAUCUACUAGCCCAUCAUCUAUCGAACCUGCUGGCUCAUCAUUCCCUGGACCCAUUGGCCCACCAUUCCCUGGACCUGCUGGACCAUCAUUCCCAGGACCUGCUGGCCCAUCAUUCCCUGGACCUACCGGCCCAUCAUCCACUGAACCUAUUGGCCCAUCAUUCACCAGACCCACUGGCCCAGUAUUCCCUGGACCCACUGGACCAUCAUCUACCGGACCCACUGGUCCAUCAUUCCCUGGACCCACUGGCCCAUCAUUCCCUGGCCCCACUGGCCCAUCAUUCUCUGGAUCUACUGGUCCAUCAUCCACUGAACCUACUGGCCCAUCAUUUCCUGGCCCUACCGGCUCAUCAUUCCUUGGAUCUACUAGCCCAUCAUCUAUCGAACCUGCUGGCUCAUCAUUCCCUGGACCCAUUGGCCCACCAUUCCCUGGACCUGCUGGACCAUCAUUCCCAGGACCUGCUGGCCCAUCAUUCCCUGGACCUACUGGCCCAUCAUCCACUGAACCUAUUGGCCCAUCAUUCACCAGACCCAUUGGCCCAGUAUUCCCUGGACCUACUGGACCAUCAUCCACUGGACCCACUGAUCCAUCAUUCCCUGGACCCACUGGCCCAUCAUUCCCUGAACCCACUGGCCUAUCAUUCCUUGGCCCCACUGGCCGAUUAUCCACUGGCCCCACUGGUCCAUCAUACACUAGACCCACUGGUCCAUCAUUCCCUGGACUCACUGGACCAUCAUCCACUGGCCUCACUGGCCCAUCAUUUCCUGGAUCCACUGGCCAACCAUUCCUUGGAACCACUGGUCCGUCAUUCCCUGGAUCCAGUGGUCCAUCAUUCCCUGGACUCACUGGACCAUCAUCCACUGGACCCACUGGCCAGUCAUUCCCUGGACUCACUGGACCAUCAUUCACCAGAUCCACUGCCCCAUCACUUCAUGUUCCCACUGGCCCAUCAUUCACUCAACCCACUGGCCCAUUUUCCACCAGCCCUAGUGGCCCAUUAUUCCCUGCACCCACUGGUCCAUCAUCUAUUGGAUCCACUGGUCCAUCAUUCCCUGGACCCACUGGCCGGUCAUUCCCUGGACUCGCUGAACCAUCAUUCACCAGACCUACUGCCCCAUCACUUCGUGUUCCCACUGGCCCAUCAUUCACUCAACCCACUGGCCCAUUUUCCACUAGGGCUGGCCCAUUAUUCCCUGCACCCACUGGUUCACCAUCCAUUGGUCCCAUUUGUCCAUCACUCACUAGCCCAUCAUUACUCCCUAGUCCCUCAUUCACUGCAAAACCAUUGGCUGUUCCCCCAGGCUUCACUUGGAAUCCUUCAUCUUUCCUUGCUGCUUUGGGUAUCAUCCCUGAUGAAGCCACCCUUAAUGAAUUGGGCAUUGAUCCUAAUGCAGACAGCCUCACUUCUUUGGGUUUAGUGGUUGAUCCAUCCACCCUUGUUGCAUUAGCAAUCCUCACUGGCAAAGGCUUUCCCUCUCGCCUUUAUCCCUCAGCUUUAUUUUCAACUUUGCCAGAGGCCUCAGAUCUCACCACUGGCAAGGCUCCCACUCAGGGGCCCGAAAGAAUGUUAUCUUCAACCAAAUUUUUUAAGCAGCUACCACCAGAUCAACCUUUGAGUGUACAGGGAAAAAGACAAACUGCAAAGAAGUCUGUGGGAUGCUUGAUCAAUUUACCAAUGGAAUGCGAUAGCCUAAAGGAGCAAUUGGCCAAGUUGGACGAUAAGGUACAGCAGCUUGCUAACCAAAUAGCAAAUCUUCAGUUUCAAAGUUCUCUUGGACUCGUACCCCGGCUAGAGACUGAGAUGAACUUACUGCAGGACAAGAUACAUACGCUCCAGGAAUUAGGACAAAAGAGUACAACUUGUGAGAAGCAUUUGCUAAGGGUGGAGGAACAAUGUAGUCUGCUGGAAAAGAUCAUUGAAGCUCUGCAAGAUAAAGUGGAAGAUAUUAAGGGCCUCAAACUAGCAGUGCAACAACUAGAAAAAGAAAAGGCAGAUAAAAUUUGGAUGGAAGAACAAAUGAGAGAGAAAGCAGACAAGAGUGCCCUAGCCUUCAAAGCAAACCAGGAGGACUUGGAGCUUGCAAAAGUUCACUUAAAUGACAUGAUGUUUGACAUAUUGCAGAAGAUAUCUAUCCAUGAGAAGGACUGGCAUAAGGUGCUGGAGAAACUUUUCUUUGACAUGGACUCCAAGGUCAGAAAUUUUUCCUUUGAAAGAGUCAAACCAGCUGGGCUCAGACUAGCAGAAGCUGAUAUUGUGACUUUCCCAGGCAACUAAGCAACUAUGUACUAGAAAAACUGGAUUCUCUCCCCUUAUCAGGCUCUCAUAUCAGGAAUUGUAGGAAGCUAUUAGCAACAGGCUGUAGAAGAAAUUGGGAUCAAGACUUGGAGGAAGAGAAUGUUAGAGCCAGCCCAAAUAGGCUAGAGAGAGCCAGUUGUUCAAUCAUUGUAUGUGAGCAUUUUUACACCUCAAAAAUUGGCAAAUCAAGAUGAGUUACUUUGUUAAUUGGCUAGACUUAAAAAAUGAUAAAGAAAAUGUUAAUAAGGCAGAUUAAAAUUUAAAAUUUGUUUCAUGUGAAAUGCUAUCCCCUACUUUCAUCUCUCAAACUGGUUGUUCACCAAUGGUUAGGAAGAGAGUUAUGACAGUCAUAAAAGUAGGGAGAACCCAAAUCAUAAGCCCUGUUCUAAAACUAAGCACAGUGAAAAGAAAAUCAAUUUCCCUGAAUACUAGUGUCUUCCCCUUGAAAUUAUCUCCCAAUUUAUCUUGUAUAAAUCUUAUUUGUAUGUAAUUGUUUACAAAUUAUCUCUCAUUAAAUGAUGAGUUCCUGGAGAACAGGGGGCGCAUAGCAGGAGCUUAAUAAAUGCUUAUUAUCUGACUAGAAGCAUUAGAACUGAAUAUUAGUAUUAGCUUUGCCACUGACAAAUUGUGUGAUCUCAGGCAAAUAAUGUCAUCUUCUCUGCUAUAUUUUCCUCAUCUGUAAAUUGAGGAAAUUGGGCUAAUUUCAGACCUCUUCUAGGUCUAGAGUUCUAUGAAUUAUAACCUUCCAUCCUCCUUCCUCACCUGCUCUAAUACCUCAUAGAAUUUUAUAACUGAAAAAUGCCUUGGAAGUCAUCCAUUUUGGGGCAGCUAGGUGGCACAGUGGAUAGAGCACCGGCCCUCAAGUCAGGAGGACCAGAGUUCAAAUCUGGCCUCAGACACUUAACACUUCCUAGCUGUGUGACCCUGAGUAAGUCACUUAACCCCAAUAGCCUCAGGGAA